AUAAAUAAUGUUCAAUUUAGGUUAAUUGGAGAUCCUUUGGUUUCAAAUCCAGCAAUAAUUUUAAGCAAUCACACAUCAUUGGCCGAUUACUUCAUUAUACAUUAUCUUGCAAGAGUAUCUAUAUUAGGGGAUUCUAAUCCCAUGGCUUCAUCCACAUCAGAGAUAACGUUACCAGUGGUUAAUUUCUUCUCGUGGUUUCUUGUUUGGCGAGUUCCAACUAUCAAGAUCUUGCUUCAUAUGUUGAAAUGUGACGAGAACUGGGAAAUAGACCAAAAGUCGGUGGAUUUUGUAUUCUCAAGAUUAUUGAAAAGUAAAAACUCGCAAUGGAUAGUUCUAUUCCCAGAAGUUAACAUUUGGACCAGAGAAGGAGCAGGUUUACAACGACAAUUAAGUGAAAAAUACUUUCUUCCUCAGUUCACUCAUUUACUUUAUCCCAGAUUCUCUGGAUUCUUCAAUGUUAUUACUGCCCUUGCUGAUAUAAAACCUCAACCAUAUUCAAAUCUUUAUGACAUAACUAUUUUAUAUGUCAGGGAGGAUUCUCAGCAAAUUCUGUUUCGACCACCAACCCUACUAGAAUUCUUUUCUAGCAAAGUACCAAUAACAGUUACUGUCAAUGUUAAAAUACGGUCAGUCAAUAGAGUCCCUCAAAAGCGACAUAAAUUAGAAAGGUACUUGGAACAUUUAUGGAGAAAUAAAGAUAAGCUAAUUGCGCAAUUGAAAGUAGAAAAUGACGUAGAAGUGAUCAAUUCCCUGUUAAAGUGUAUAAAUGAUGUAAAUGAUGUAUAAUCAAAGUCAGUUCACUAAGAAUCUUGGAUUCUUCCAAUAGGUAAACUAUAUAUUCUUGAUUUAUUUCCUUCAUCUCUUUGUAUUCUGUAGAAAUGAUCAGUAAAUCUAUCACCGCGUAUGUGAGUCAAGAACUUUUCAUCAUGGGUAAUAACAAUUAAUUGAAAGUUCAGUUGAGCCUUUCUAUAUUCUAUAAUAUGAUUCAAAGCUUCUGCUAAUGACUCAGAAUUCUCCAGAUCCAAGUUUGUUGUUGGUUCAUCCAAGGCUAUCAUACCACAGUUUGCACCGAAACAUUCAGCCAAUGCUAAUCUAAUAAGAAUACUAGCAAGAACUUUUUGACCUGCCGAACAUCUCCCUCUCAUAUCCAAUUCACUUGCAUUCUUAACCAUGACUACACGAUAAUUGUAAGAACGAUUACCCUUUGCUUGUAAAUUUACAUCACUCUUGAUAGCAAUAGUGGAUAUAUCGGAACCUUUAUAAGUUUGCGACCAUAAUUCACCCAAGAUUCUAUUGAUAUCUUCCAUUUUAAUACUGUGGUAUUUCAUGAUGGCAUUGUCAAGAGCUUUAGAAUAAUUUUGGAUAUCGUUUGAUACCAACAUAUUUGUUUGUAAUUUAAUCCAUUCUUCGUGGUAUGCUUGAUUGACGUUCUUAUAUUCUGUUUCAAGCUCUUUAUGCAAUCCUUUAAUUUGAUCUUUAAUUUGUUUGACUUCUCCGAUUUUACCGGCGUGUUGGGACGUCAAAUUGGUUAUUUCCUGUCUUAAUUUCCUCGAUUUCUCUUGGUAUUCCUCCUUCCUGUUCUGAGCGUUUUCAAUAUCAAUACCAUUGAUUUCGAAUUCGGCCUGUUCGAGUUUUCUUAGUUGUGCUCGAUAAUCAAUAUUUGCAAUAAUAUUAUGUUCGAUACGCGAAGAUUCAUAAACUUGUUUUUCUAAAGCACUUACACUACUCAAAUUUUCUUCGAUUGUGUCCUUCAACGUGUCAAUCUCACUUGAUACUUGUUGCAUCUUUGAUG